GAUGUGGGCGGGGCUUGUCGAGAACGCGGAAGUGAACAUACAACGCGCUUAUUGAGGGAAAAUCCGAGUGGCAGCGUUUUAUUUCAGAUUAAAUUUGAGGUUUUUUUAGAAUUAAACGCUUUUACACGUGAACUGUUUGAUUUGAUUUGUAUAAUAAAGAGUUGACUGUCGUGUAACAUGUCAGCAGACACGUGCAGCUGCUCAGAACACGUGCAGUGGUUAAAACAGCAGGUUUCAGUGAUGAGGAAGGAACUCAGGAACCUCAGGCAGAACUUGGAGGGUUCAGUUCGAGCCCACAGGAAACACGUGUCGUCUCUGCAGUCCACUCUGAAAGAUGUCGUGGAUAAACAGCAGAUGAUGAAGAAGAGUCCUCAACCACCAUCAUCUUCCUCUCAGAGUGCAGCAGGGACGGAGCUGUCAUUAGAGACAGGUCAUAUUCGCACCGUCCCCAUCGGCUACAUCACUUCCUGUUUCGCUCAGAAGAACGGCACGCCGAGACAACCGACCGUCUGCAGCUCGUCUCGCGCUUGUCUGAGGAUUCAGUCGUCUGUGUUCAACAACCCUGAACAUGCUCUUACCGGCCUGCACCACUACUCCCAUGUCUGGCUUAUCUUUCUCUUCCACAAGAAUGGACACAUGAGCUAUAAAGCUAAAGUGAAGCCUCCUCGUUUAAAUGGAGAGAAGGUGGGAGUUUAUUCCACACGCAGUCCUCACCGGCCCAACGCCAUCGGCCUCACACUCGCCAAACUCCACUCCAUCACAGGUGAUGUUCUGCACCUGUCAGGUGUGGAUCUGAUCUCCGGCACGCCUGUGCUCGAUAUUAAACCCUAUAUCCCUGAGUACGACUCUCCCAUCACACACACCGAGCUGAACACAGAGGCGCUGAUCCUACAGGAAGUGCCCCCUGACUCCCCUGAUGCCCUGGAGGAAGCAGAACCUGCAGAUGUGGAGAACUCGCUGGUCUCCUCCUCACAACUGGUGGAGGAGGAGAGAUCAGGUGAUGUUACAGGUGUGCUGGAGGAGCUGAGGGAGUUUCUCCUGCAGGGGGCACUGUGUUCCCAGAACAGUGCUGGAGAUAAACACAUGGACACAACCACAGAAGAGCAGGAAGUGGAGCAGGAAGUGGAGCAGGAAGUGGAGCAGGAAGUGGAGCAGGAAGUGGAGCAGGAAGUGGAGCAGGAAGUGGAGCAGGAAGUGAUAGAGGUGUGUAAGUCGAGGAGCAGUGUCGCUUCCUGGAUCAGAAAACCUCCAGUACACACACUGAGUGUGAGAUUCACCCCGACUGCAGAGAGAGAACUCAGCAACUUCCUGCCUCCGCAAAGCUCAGAAACAGGAAGGCCAAAGUUCCAGUUUUUAUCUGGUCCAGAGGAAGCAGCCGCAGCGAUCCGGGGAGUUUUAUCUGCUGAUCCGAGGUCCGUGUACCGGAGGAAGCGCUGCAGCGAUCGUCUCUUCUUCUUCAGUCUGGAUUCGGCUCACAUCACCUGCUGGUUUGGAGACAACUUUGCUGAAGUUGUGCGCGUUCGGCCUGUGAUCACCCUGGAGCCUUAAUCAACCUUCAGCUCUCACAGAUCCACUCCAAUAUUACACAUUUCAGUCUUUAAUAUAACAUCUUAUAAACAAGUGUGUGUUUCUAACACAGUCUUUAAAUCAAGCUGAAGAUCAUGUUGUUGUUUUGCUCAAUAAGAGAGUUUUUGCUGUGUUCAUUCAAAUAAAAUCUCUUAAGAAAAA